GUUGGCCGCCGAAUUUCUCAUGGCUGGAAGGAAGCCAAUGAACCAGUCACCCAGUGGAAAGCCAUCAUUCUAGAUCAACUGCCAACAUAUCCCUCUCUCUAUUUGUUGAAAUAUGAUGGGAUUGAUUGUGUCUAUGGCUUGGAGCUUCACAGCGAUGAAAGGAUUUUAAACCUUAAGAUCCUGACUAAUAAUGUGCCAUUUCCUCAGGUGACAGACACUCAUCUGUCAAACACCAUAGUUGGCAGAGCAGUGAAACAUACAUUCACGGGCACAAAUGGCUCUAAGGAAGACUGGAAUGGGAUGGUCCUAGAGGAGGUGCCAAUCAUGAAGACCUGGUUCUAUAUUACCUACAAGAAAGAUCCGGUCUUGUAUAUUUACCACCUCCUGGAUGACUACCUUGAAGGCAACCUCCACAUCAUGCCAGGCUCUAAGGAGGAGUGCAGUGUCAUGGUCCCAGAUGAGGUGAUUUUGGCAUUAGGCAGGGAUUCCUUGGCAGGCAAAGGUGUGCAGUACAACAAAAAAGAUGGAACCCAAGAGAUAGGUAAAAUUAUUUGCCAAGUUCCCAACAAAACUUCUGUGUAUUUCAUCAAGAUUAAUAAUGACUUCCAUAUCUAUGUCGACGAUUUGGAUCCCCCAGAGAGCACGUCACCCCAUGAGGGCUGGAAGAAAUUCUAG